AUGUUCAGCUCCAAGUCAGCAGCCAUCCUCCCGUCCUAUUUUAGUGAGUACCCCGAGACAGCGGACAAGCUGGACAUUAGCACCAAGGUCCAACUGCACGGGGUCCUGUGGAAGAGACCCUUCGGGAGACAGUCGGCCAAGUGGUCCAAAAGAUUCUUCCUCAUCAAGGACAGCUUCUUACUGUACUAUGCUGAGAACGAAAGAAAAAACUUUGAGAGUAACAGAUAUUUCAACAUACAUCCCAAGGGUGUGAUACCGCUGGGAGGAUGUGUGGUAGAGGCAAAGGAAGAGCCCAACAUGCCAUUUGUGAUGAAGAUUUCCCACGAGGACUUCCACGGGAACAUACUGCUUGCAGCCGAGACAGAGUUUGACCAGCAGCACUGGCUCGAGAUGCUGCAGGAAUCUGGGAAGGUAACCUGGCAGAAUGCCCAGCUCGGGGAGGCGAUGAUCGGCAGCCUGGAGGCCCAAGGCCUACAACUGGCCAAGGAGAAGCAGGAGUACUUAGACAAAUUGAUGGAGGAGACGGAAGAACUUUGUCUGCAGAGAGAACAGAAGGCGGAGCUGGAACGGCUGAAUCAGGUCCUGGAGGUGGAAAAGAACAGGAUUGAGGAAAUGGUCCAGGACUUGAAAUCAGAGCAGGAACAGAUAAAGAGGGAGCUGGAGGCGACGGUCAGCUCGCUGACUGCGGUGGAAGAGGAGAAGAAGCAGCUUCACCAUCUCUCAGAGUCUCUGCAGAGCAACCUGGAGGCGCUGUCUCAUGAGAAGCAGAGGACCCUGGACAGACUGAAGGACAGCGAGCACCAGGCUCAGGAACUGAGCAGCCAGAACGAACACCUCUAUCAGUCCAGCGGAAACCUGAGGACCAUCCUCCAGCAGAUCGAGGAGGAGAUGAGGAAACUGCAGGACGAGAAACAGCUGGCUGAGGAGAGGCUACAGGAGAACGAAAAGAGAGCCUGUGCCCUGCAGGAGGAGCGCGAGUUUUAUUCCACCCAGUCCCAGGAGCUGCAGGCCUCCCUCUCAGAGCUGACAGCGGAGAAGCAGAAGACGGAGAGCGAGCUGAAGGAGGAGAUUAAAUCCCGUGCGGAGUUGGAACGGAGACUCCAAGAGGCAGAGGAUGCUUUGCAGAGGCUGGAGCAGGGCCUGAGCUCAGCUGAACGUACGGUGGAGAAAAACGAGCGAAUGAAAGGAGACGUGGGCGAAUUGAGAAAGUUCUUCGAGGAGUGCAUCAGGAAAGCCGAGAUCGAGGCCAACCUCCCGGUCAUCAUGAAGAACUCCGUCUAUGUGCAAAGAGCGGCUGCUCGCAGGAUCAAGAGUUGCAGGUUCCGCCGGAGGAAGUCCACCGCCGUCUGGAACUCCUUCGUGACCAAUCCCCAUUCUUUGAACGUCCCCUCAGGUGACGGGGAAGAGGACAUGGAGGAGCUGAAGGAGACCGCCAGGAAGCUGAGCAGGGAUCGGCGUUUCCGCGAGACUGUCUAUAAGUACAUGACCCUCAAAGACUCAUCGAACCCGUGACGCUGCCUGGUGGGCUGUUAGCAAGAGCUAGUCACGCUUCUGCCGUCAUGUAAUCCUUCAGCCAGCUUUGUAAAAAGCCAAACGCACCCUGCUUAAGGGUAAAAAGCAGCAGCUUAGGCCGAACGCACUUGAGUUUUGAUCUUGGCUCUUCCACCCUGCCCCAGCCCCUCUCUGGGGUCAACGUCUCCUCUGCCCACUGGCUGGCUCAUGGAUGGCUCCCCAGGGGACAGCGGGAGCCCAGUUCCCUCUCUGAGCAAUUCCCCGAUUUGGGAAAAUGCCGACUGCUGUCUGUUCUCCGGAGAGAGCGAGCAGGUAGCAUGUUUUCCACACAGCAGCUGACCCCUGCCUCCCCUCGUGAUGCUGAGUCUGCGUUUGCUCUGACCCCCAGCACUCACUGGAGUGACCGCGAAUUAAAAACAUUGGAAUGGAACAAGCUGUUUGCGAAUCUUGGAAUCCU